GCGGAACUUGAUCCCAAGAAACGUACGCUAACGUUAAGUUGUUACUCCCAAGGAUCCCACCCGUUUACACUUGUAAGUCUCAAAGCCUAAGAAUUACUACCCCCAACCAAUCAAGUCGCUUUGAUUUGCGCAUGGGCAAUAUUUCCUAUUUUGGGGUACAAUGUCGAAAGUUUGCAGUAGAAUGUCUAAAGUUAAAAAAGCUGAAGAAAGAAAGCGCGUUAUGCAUUUGAGAAGUAAUUUAAUAUGUAUGUAUUUGCUGUACAAAAGCGUUUGCGUUCCAAGGCGGGAAUGGGUUCGGUCAAUAUUUCAAGAGCGAGAUACGUAUUCCGCUCAUGCAGCAUUGUUUCCGUCACUGAGGCAGAAGUACCCAGAAUUAUUUUUCAAUUAUACUCGAAUGACGGGAGAACAAUAUGAUCAUCUUCUUCAUUUACUGCAAGAUAAACUACAGAAGCAAGAAACACGUUUUAGGAAAUCAAUUUCAGCGUCUGAGAGACUUGCCAUCUGUUUAAGAUUUCUAGCAUCUGGAACUAAUUAUACAGACCUGGCAUACACUUUCCGUGUUUCUAAAUCUUCAGUUUCACAUAUUAUUCGAGAGACCUGUGAUGUCAUAUGGCAAGUCUUACAGCCACUGGUUAUGGCUAUACCAGCAUCAUCAGAUGAAUGGGCUGUAAUAGCAGAAGGUUUUGAAUAUAAAUGGAAUUUUCCCAACUGUGUUGGUGCAAUCGAUGGUAAGCAUAUCAGAAUACAAGCUCCACCGUCAGCUGGAAUCAACAUAUUAUAA